CAACGGAAACUGUUGGGAAAGGGUGUAAAAUGAAUACGCUGAAUAGUUGGGCGGUUUUUGUGCAUACGAAUGGUUCGCUAAUGACUGCACACGAUGGUAGUAGUUAUGCGAAUUAAAAAGAAACCCGAAAGUAUCUACUACUGUCACGAUUGGAUGUGUAAGUGUAGUGGUUCGUUCGUAGCUCCCAGUGAAUGUCAGGUUUGUCAACAAGCCGCCGCACUAACGUUACAGCCGGCUAAGCCCUAGAGAGCGAGGUUACGUUUAGCUAACGUUAGGUGUGUUGGCUACGAUUAUUCGCAUUAUUGCACCUUCGCUGAACUGGAAAAUAUAUGUUUUCCUUCCCGACUCCAACCGGUCAUCAUGCUUCCGCUAAAAAGCCGGUUCGAUUAAAAGGAGUGCACGUGUUCUCCCGGUGAACCCCGAAAUUGCAGCAGUCAGCAGUUUUGUGGUGUACGUUACCUAAUUUAGGAAUGAAGCUCAAACUCAAGAACGUGUUCCUGCUCUACUUCCUGGUGUCCUUACUGGGGCUCCUCUACGCGCUGAUGCAACUGGGUCAGCGCUGUGACUGCAGAGAACACAACUUGCCUAAAGAUCGUACCAUCUCUCGACUGAGGGGAGAGCUGCAUAAACUGCAGGAGGCAAUGAAGAAGUCGGAAACAACAAAAUCCUCCAAGAAGAGUGUUCUACCUACCAUCUAUGUAAUAACACCUACCUAUGCCAGAUUGGUGCAGAAAGCUGAGCUCACCCGUUUGUCUCAGACGUUCCUGCAUGUUCCUCAGCUCCACUGGAUCCUGGUGGAGGACGCUCCCAGCCCGACACCUUUAGUCCGGGACUUUUUGGCUAGCUCCGGUCUGACGUACACCCACCUCCAUGUGCUGACCCCUAAAGACAAGAAGCUCCAGGAGGGAGACCCCGGCUGGCUGAAGCCCCGGGGAGUGGAGCAGAGGAACGAGGCCUUGCGCUGGCUCAGGGAGACGGCAGCUGCGGCAGGGGGGAAGGGGCCCCCCCCUGAGAACGCCGUUGUGUACUUUGCUGACGACGACAACACGUACAGCCUGCAGCUGUUUGAGGAAAUGCGCUACACGCAGAGGGUGUCCGUGUGGCCAGUGGGUCUGGUAGGGGGGAUGAGGUUCGAGCGACCUGUGGUGCAGGAUGGGAAGGUGGUUCGCUUCCACACCGGCUGGCGCCCUGGCCGGCCCUUCCCCAUCGACAUGGCUGGCUUUGCUGUCUCCCUGAAGCUGCUAUUGGCCAAUCCCAAAGCUCGAUUUGAUGGUGAUGCUCAGAUGGGUUUCCUGGAAAGCAGCUUACUGCAAAAUCUGGUCACAAUUGAGGGGCUGGAACCCAAAGCAGACAUGUGCACCAAGGUGCUGGUAUGGCACACUCGGACUGAAAAGCCAAAGAUGAAGAGGGAGGAGGCUCUCGUUAAGCAGGGGAUCGGAUCAGAUCCCAAUGUGGAAGUGUGAAUGCAUCCUCUCCAAGAGCGCCCCCAUACACACGCAUGCUCACACAUGCACACACACAUACACAUACACACUUAAAAUUAUGUAGGGGGCUAAGAAAGUUCUUGUUUAAAAAUUUGGAUAUAUAUUGAAACUAGAAAAAACACUAAUUCUGAAUUCUUAUAGACAGAUCAAUUUGCUCUUGCAUGUCAAAUAUGGCAAUAUGGCAUGCACUACGUAGUCUUUUAGUUCACGAUAAGAGCUGUUCAGACUGUUACCUCUACAGCACCUUGCAUCAUUAACUGGAAUUAUUAGCUUAAUUUCUAUUAAGCUAAGUAGCUUUAUGAUUUAACUACAUCAGUAAAACACUGAUACCUUUAGGACAAUAUGCCAUGUACUCUGUAUUAAGUGAUGAUCUUGUGUGAAACACAGGCUUUGGCUUUACUGGGGGUGAAUGAUGAACAUGAAGAACGGUGCUCUACUGAAUUUCCUUUGUACAUACUGUAGGAUGACGUUAUUUAUAUUUGUACAGAAUAGUAAACCCUUUACAAGUGUGCGGUUAUAUGUGCAGUCGGCCUGAAUGAUCAUGGGGUCUGCAGUGAUGUUUGGGGCUGGUAUCGUUUCACUGGGGGUGGGAGUAAACCGUAGAGGAAAUCCCACUUCCAUUCCUGUGAUUUGUCUGCCUUCUCGAUGCUUCAGUAUUGGAAGUCUGUUUCCUGGUGAUUACGAUUAUUCAGUGUAUGGUUUUUGUGAUUGGCUGUAUGUGUAUGUCUGUGAACACUUGCAGUUUCAUAUGGUUUUGUCUGUAAUAGCUGCAGAAUGCAAGUAGUUGUUUAGUAUCUGUCCCAUGCCUCUAAAUGUAUUGUGCUUCUUAUUGUUAUAUUCACUUGUUGUCUUAGUGUUACAGAAUUCCUAUAAAAUGCCUUUGAAUAAAAAAGGUGUUUUACA